AUGAGGUCUCAACCAGAAUGGCAAUGGCUGAAGGUUUCUUGGACUUGCUCUUCUGAGAGAGAUAAUGACACCUGCCAAGGCAAUGAUCAGGUUGAUCUGCAUACUCAGCUAUGGCAUGAAUGUGCUGGCCUCACUGUGAAAGUUCCCCGUGUAGGCGAUAAGGUCUUCUACUUCCCUCAAGGCCACCUUCAGCAGGUUGAGGUGUAUAUGAAGCAGGAAGGCAUGAGUGAUAUACCAUCCUAUGGGUUACCUUCAAAGAUUCUUUGCAAGGUUGUCUGUGUUCAGUUAAAGGCAGAAGUUGAUACCGAUGAAGUGUUUGCUCAGAUUACUUUGAUUCCAGACUUUGAAGAACCUAAAGGAUCAACCUUUAGAAGUGUUCCUCAAAAGAUUCCUGCAACUUCUUUCCGGAAGAAAUUAACUCCUUCUGAUGUAAUCAAACAAGGGGGAUGCAACCUACACAAGAAACAUGUUGAUCAAACCUUUCCACCUCUGGACAUGAGUCAGGAUGCACCAUCUCAAGAACUAUUUGCCAAAGAUCUUCAUGGGAAAAUAUGGAACUUUCACCACAUCUGUCGUGGUGUGCCAAAGCGACAUAUACUAACUACUGGUUGGGGUAAAUUUGUGAGUGCAAAGAGGCUUGUGGUAGGAGACACCUGCAUUUUCUUAAGAGGGCAAAACCGUCUUUAUGUCGGGGUUCAGCGGGCAGUGAGACUGAAUAAAUUGUCAACAGAUUUAUCAUGUGUUAAUAUGCAGCAUGGCAUAUUACUCACAGCCCUUGAAGCAAUCAACACAAGAACCGAAUUCACAGUAUAUUACCAUCCUCGGAUCAGUCCCUCAGGAUUUAUAGUUGCCUAUAAUGAUUUCAUGGAAUCGCUUAAAGUUAACUUUUCACCGGAAACGAGGGUUGAGAUGGUUUUAGAUGAAGGAGGAGAGGAGCCGGAGUUUAACUUGAAAAACAGGUUUUCUGGGAUCAUAAUCGGAAAGGAAGAUGUUGAUCCUAGUAGGUGGCCUGAGUCUGAAUGGCAUUGCUUGAAGGUUUGCUGGCAUGGGACGGCCUCUGGAGAUGUUCCUCCUAAGAGGGUUUCCCCGUGGAGCAUUCAGUCAGUUGUUUCUGUACCGCAACCGCAAAAGAGAUCCAUGAUUGGUUAUAAUAAUAAUAAUAAUAAUAAUAAUGAGUUGGGAAUGCAAGGUGAAGGAAUCAGAAUGAAGGAAGUGAGUAUUCCGAAAGUCAACAACAUUCCCAGGGAAGACGAUGAGAGGAGUAAAAAAUGCAGGGUUUUUGGAGUGGAUAUAGGGGGGCAUAGGAUUAGCAACACCCAUCCUCCAGACUCAUCAAAUGCCGGAAACCAACAAUCUAGUUACAUAAAGGUGUUGAAGCAUGGAAGUUUUGUUGGAAGAUGUGUGGAGGUAUCACGUUUUAGUGGGUAUGGAGGACUUAUGUGGGAGCUUGACAGGAUGUUUGGGUUUCAAGGAGGGUUGGUCAGCGGCACCAGCGGAUGGAUUGUCACAUAUAAUAAUAAUAAUGCAGCAGCAGCAGAUGGAGAUGGAGAUGCCAACAAAAAGCUGCUUGGUGAUGUCUCGUGGUCGGAAUUUAGAGGGGUGGUGCGGAAGAUGUGUAUCUGUCCAAAGGAAAAGGAAGAGGCUGCUACAUGGAACAAAAUCAGCGGGUAG